GGUUCGCCUGAAAUAAUAAAAAUAUUAGUAAUGUUAAACAUAGUUAUAUUAAUAAUAAUAAAAAUUACCUAUUUCUUGAUUAAUAGCAGGAACAUUUCCAAAGCGUCAUAAACAGUGGGAAGAAUACUUGAAAAAUGACGGAAACAAGGCAGAACUUUUUGUUUUUUUAGCUGAAAUUGCUUUAACAACUAAUACAAUGCAAGUUGUAACAAAUGUAAAAGAUAUUAUCAGAUCUAAUCUAUCUCAGAACUCCGCCCUGAACGGAAUAAGUUGUGCCGGAAUGGAAGAGGCAGAUGGGCGCCUUUUCCUUCAUGUCCAAGAUAUGGUUCAGCACGGUGCUAAAUGUGUACUCAUUAGGUGUUCUGACACUGACAUUGUGGUGAUUGCAAUAUCAUAUUAUCACCAUUUGCACAAAUUAGGGCUUAAGGAGCUGUGGGUGCAAUAUAGCGUGGGUACGAGUAAGCGCUUCAUUUCUGCGCACUCCAUUGCCCAAAAGCUGGGUGACGAUAGGGCAUGUGCACUUCGUGGCUUCCACGCGUUUACAGGCUGCGACAGCGUCUCUUUCUUUAAUGGAAAGGGCAAGGCAUCGGCGUGGACCGCAUGGGACCCGACAGAUGAACAAAUGACCAGGGCCUUCAAGAUUUUAGGAAUGCCCAGCAAAGACCCACCUGACCACAUCCUUCCCGUUUUAGAACGAUUUGUUGUCGCUUUGUACAAAGCAGAACCCUGUCAAAGUGUCGGCGAGGCACGUCAGCAGCUUUUUACCGCAGAAGGAAAGCCACUUCUGUUUAUUCCUUGUACCUUUGGUGCACUGAAGCAACAUACCCGGCGGGCUUCUUACCAGGGGGGGCAAAUCUGGGGAAGUUGGAAUGUUGGGAUGAUGUUCCGUCGCCGGCUGGUUGGGGGUGGAAGAUGGAGAAUGGCCAGUGGGUCCCUCAUUGGACAGCAGAGCCCAACAUCUGGCAAGCAUGCAGGGACCUGAGUGUGUGCGGGUGCACAACUCGUUGUUGCACAAAACGGUGCUCCUGUAGAAAAGCUGGGCUACUUUGCACUCCUGCCUGCAAAAAGUGCAAGGGAAGCUGUGACAACAAGGAGUAAGUCAUACAGUUAUCCACGUAAACAAAGUAUUAACAACCGACGGUAACCGAUAAUACUUACAUUUUUAUCCUUUCCUAGGAAGGAGAGUGAGAGAAAUGCUCCCGAACCCGACGAGGACGUGGAUGGGGACUUGCUCUCUUCUUAAUUGUGUCCACUUCAAGUUUUGCAUCUAAAUUGUUUUAUAGUGUUUUACUUUGUUUUACGUACUGACAUUGCUACCUAUUUACAAUUUUAUAAUUGUAUUGUGUUCUGGUAGAUUUUUUUUUAAAAAAAAAAAUACUUUUGCUCAUUGUGUUAUAAGUUUACCUUCAAUAACUCCAAAAACAUUUACUCAAAUAUUACUCUUAAAAGUAAUAUGACGAUUUCAACGGGUAGUGUCCA